GGUAGAGGGGCGGGGGCGGGGAGGAGGAGGAAGUGGCUACUUUUUAACUCCCCCAACUCCCUCUCCCUCCUAAGGGAAAGUGAAGGAGCGGAAGUGGGCGUGGACAGAGGUGGAAGACGGUCACGUGGUUGGGCAGGAGGGGUUUGCGAGGAGAGGCGGUUCGUGCGCGGGGUUUGCCGGGAGUGGUCGUGUACCGCUGGCAGCAGCAGGUGAAGCUAAGCUGUGAACGUGGCGGGCAGAGCUGGUGCAUAGGUUCACGCUGUUACAGAAUCCCGACUUUGCCUUCCUGAAGGCUGACUUCUUCCUAAAGGGUUUGAAUUUGUUGAAAUGAGCAAUCGUAAAUCAAAGAACAGCAACUUACUACAUGGAGAAUGCAUUUCACAGGUACAAAGAACUUUACGGGAAAGAUUUUGUCAUCAGACUCCACAUAGUAACCUAUUUGGAGUACAAGUACAAUACAAACAUUUAAUUGAACUGCUAAAAAGAACUGCUCUCCAUGGAGAAAGUAACUCUGUACUCAUUGUUGGACCCCGGGGAUCAGGGAAGACCACGUUAAUAAAUCAUUCUUUAAAAGAACUCAUGGAAAUAGAAGAAGUGAGUGAAAAUGUUUUACAAGUUUAUCUAAAUGGUUUACUACAGAUCAAUGAUAAAAUUGCUCUGAAGGAAAUCACAAGGCAGUUACAUCUGGAAAAUGUAGUGGGAGAUAAAGUUUUUGGAAGUUUUGCUGAAAACUUCUCAUUUCUUCUGGAAGCUUUGAAAAAAGGUGACCGGACUAGUAGUUGCCCAGUGAUCUUCAUAUUAGAUGAAUUUGAUCUUUUUGCUCAUCAUAAAAACCAGACACUCCUCUAUAAUCUUUUUGACAUUUCUCAGUCUGCACAGACUCCAAUAGCAGUUGUUGGUCUUACAUGUAGAUUGGAUAUUUUGGAACUUCUAGAAAAAAGAGUGAAAUCACGAUUUUCUCACCGGCAGAUACACUUAAUGAAUUCAUUUGGUUUUCCACAGUAUGUUAAAAUAUUUAAAGAACAGUUAUCUCUACCUGUAGAAUUUUCAGAUAAACUUUUUUCUGAGAAGUGGAAUGAGAACAUUCAGAGUCUUUCUGAAGAUAAAAGUGUACAAGAUGUUCUACUAAAGCAUUUUAAUGUCAGCAAAGACCUGAGGUCAUUACACAUGCUAUCGAUGGUUGCUUUAAAUCGAGUAACAGUAUCACACCCAUUUCUGACUGCAGCAGAUUUGAUGGAGGCAGCCCAGCUUUGUAGCAUGGAUUCUAAAGCAAAUGUUGUACAUGGACUGUCAGUCUUGGAAAUUUGUCUUAUAAUAGCUAUGAAACAUUUAAAUGACAUCUAUGAAGAGGAGCCUUUUAAUUUUCAGAUGGUGUAUAAUGAGUUUCAGAAGUUUGUUCAGAGGAAGGCCCAUUCUGUAUAUAAUUUUGAGAAACCUGUUGUCAUGAAGGCUUUUGAACAUCUACAACAGUUAGAAUUAAUAAAGCCUGUGGAAAGAACGUCAGUAAAUUCACAGAGAGAGUACCAGCUGAUGAAACUACUUUUGGAUAAUACUCAAAUUAUGAAUGCUCUGCAGAAAUACCCCAACUGUCCUACAGAUGUUAGACAGUGGGCAACAUCCUCACUAAGCUGGCUAUGAACGUAACACGACUUCAGUUUUGGCAUUUCAGAUGUAGUUCACUAAAGGACUAAAAGCUAUUUUCCUUUAACAAGAUAUGUUAAUGCAUUUUAUAUUUAUAAACAUUUCUUAAUUUAUGAGACAUUGUUGCACAUGUAGUUUCUUGCUUAUGCCUUACUUUCAAUCACAAGCAGUUGCAUGGCUUGUAAUUCCGUCAUUGACUUAGAUUGUGCUGUAAGUAGCAGUUCAGAAGAAUAAAAUGUGAUUUUGACAUCAAACCAUUUUUUAAAUAUUUGUAUUUAUGUGGUAUCAGGAGGUUUACAAAAGCCACAGCCCUUUUUUGUAAUAUAUAUUCAAUUUAAGUGUAAUACAUAUUCUUCUGUGGCUUACGUACAGAUUAGAAAAUUAACACAAUAGUGCCAAGUGUCCAGAAUCACACAGGUGUAGAAUGACUGGCCCUGGAAUUCAGCUAAGUUUUGACUGACGCCAAGCCCGUGCUGUUAAGAAUUAAAGUGCAGCAUGUUCUUUACCAAGUAUUUUUAAAAGUAUACUCCAAAGGGUUUAUCUGGCAUUUAAGUAGUUUUAGAAAUACAGUGUUACAUGAUUUUUGUGCAUUAAAAUAGCACUUCAACAGUAACAACCUAUUUUUUGCAUACAUAGCCUUUAUUUCCCACAAAAAAAUUAAGCCUUAUGGUAAGUCAUUAGAUCACUUAUUUGCUUAGUAGCCGUGUCUCACUUAAAAACUGAGAGCCCUAAUACUCUUCUCUGACUAAGAACUAUCAGAGAAAAUCUAUCAAGAAGAUAUAUAGAUUUAAAAACUAAGAGGCAAGGAGGGCUUUUAUUUUCAGUGACUGAAGUAGAAAAGUAAUAAAACAAAUUAGGACAAAUUAGGUUAACAAAGUCAUACAAUGAACUAUAUGCCUACACCCUAAAGGCAUUUUUGUGGGCAGGGAAGUUGAUACUCACUUUUCCAUAGUUCUAAUAUACAGAAGUUAGUGUAUUCACAAAUUUUUGAACUUUAUAACAUAAAUUGCCUAAACGGUAUUAGCAAAAUAACCCAACUUUCAAGAAUAAUUAAAUUUAUAGGCAUGGCUUGGAUACUUUCUUCAUUUACUACACAAGAAAAUACAGCAAAACAAAAAUUAAUUAAACUCCCCUGGGUUAUCAGACUGAAAAGCAAAUGAAAU